AUGCCCAAAAGAAAGUGCACAUUUAAUGAAAAGUUACAAAGUGAAUACACAUUCUUAAAAAAAUGUCAAAAACCAGGACAAGAAUAUAAAAUUGAAUGUAUUGUGUGUGGAGCAGCAUUCAGCAUUGAACAUGGUGGUAAGUCGGAUAUUACACAACAUUUAAAAUCGGAACGACAUAAUAUAGCUGCUAGAGCGUCUAAAUCUCAAAAAUUGUCAAAUUUUUUUUCUCCAAAAACACAAUUUGCUGAUAAAGAACAAAAAUUAGCUGCAGAUGAAGGAAUUUUUGCUUANGUAUCAAUUAUGACUGAUGCAUCUAAUCAUAAUUCUCAAAAAAUGAUACCCAUUCUUGUUCGCUAUUUUCUACCUGACGAAGGAGUUAAAAAUAAUAUUUUGGAAUUAAAUGAGCUUCCGGUAGAAACUGCAUCACUAUUAACGCAAUAUAUAUCAUCAAUACUUCACGAAUGGAAAGUCGAAAAUAAAGUUAUUGCUUUUUCUGCAGAUAACACUAAUUGUAACUUUGGUGGUGUAGCUCGAAAUGGAAAAAAUAAUGUAUUUUAUAAACUUAAAGAGAUUUUUAAUAAAGAUUUAAAUGGAGUAGGCUGUGCUACACAUAUACUUAACAAUGCAGUACAAUCAGCCGCAGACACAUUACCAAUUGAUGUACAGGUUAUAAUUGGAAACAUUUUUCAACAUUUUUAUAUUUAUACAGUUCGAGUCCACGUUCUAAAAGAAUUUUGUGAAUUUGUUAACAUUGAAUACAAAACCGUUUUAGGACAUUCUAAAAUUUUUUAUUAUCUAUUGAUAUAG